AUGCAAUCUCAUCCACUUUUCGGUGGAGCAUUUCAGUGUUUAUUACCGACAAAUGUGAUUGACGCUAGUGAUCUACGUCAAAUUCCUGAUAACCAAGAAGUUUUUGUACAUCCAUCAACUUCUCAAAGUAUUACAAUCGAUAUCAUGGAAUAUGUCAGUGAUAGUAAUCAUGAAGAUGCAGCUAGAACGCAUUUUGAUGCGAUAGGUGCAUCAAAUGAGGCGACAGAUUCAAAUAUUUCGUCUAUUACAACUGUCAACUUAUCCAAUCCCGAUCCUUACUGUCCGUUUACAGUUCUACUGGUUGGACAACAAAAAGUAGCUAAAUUUAAUCAAUCCGAUGAAGAUGUUGUAUCUAUUCAUAUGGCUCUAUAUCGAUAUACACAAUUUCAAGCUGAUGUCUUAGUUCUUGUCAAUAAUCCUAUUGAAGACAGAGACAUACUUCCACUUCCAGGAAAUGCUGAUCAAAUGCACAUGAGAUCUGGAACUAAUGGUUUUUCAACGGAUAUUGCUUGGUCACAAGAUACUAUAAAUUCAAUACUUCUUUCCUUACGCUUAAGAAACCCUAAUAUUUUUAUAUCAUAA